AAGCAAUCGAUCGGUCGGCGUAUAAAACCGAUACUCCGGUAGUCAUGUCAUUCAUUCGUUCUGUUCGUCUUCAAGCUCGUACAUUCGGAACAAAAUAAAAACUUCAACAUCAACACGGUCGCCAUGAAAUCGUUUUCGGAGUCCUGUUUCGUGGUGUGUGCGGCGCUAGCGAUAAUCGAUACGACGAGGUGCGAACCGGUUGCCACGUCCGCGGACGAUGACUCUCCGGUUACCGACAAACAGCACGCGAACAGGAGAAGCAUCGGCGAGUACCACGGGCUGCAGUACGCCCCGUCUUAUCAUUCGCAUUACGCGCCGGCGCUGGCCACGUACCACGGGCAUUAUGCCCCCGCGGCCGCGCAUUACCACCACGGUCACGGUUACGCGGCAACGGUGCCGAUCCAAUACGCGCACGCUCACGGCUACGCCCCCGCGGCUCAUUACCACGCGACCAGCUACGCCCCCGCCCACUACCACGGCCACUACCACGGUUACGAGGCAGCGUCCGUGCACGGGUUGAAGCAGCAGCCUUCGGUCGUCUACCAGUCGGUGGUGCACACGUACCCGACGGCCACCACCGUGGUGCACAAACCGGUGCCCGUGCCCGUGGCGCACCCGGUGCCGGUUCCCGUGGCCCGUCCAGUGGCCGUCGAAGUGCCGCGCCCGUACCCGGUGGCCGUCAACCGCCCGUACCCGGUGCCGGUGAUCAAACCCGUGCCGGUGCCCGUGGCCCAGCCGUACCCGGUGACGGUGUACAAACCGUACCCGGUACCGGUGUACCGCCCGUUACCGGUGACGGCCACCGUCGCAAGGCCGACAGCGGUGCACUACGCGGCCCGUGUACCGGUCGCCCGGGUACCGUUGGUCAGGUACCCGGCGCACUCGCACAGGUACGCUCCGCACUACCGCGGUACCGCGGCGUACCCUGCAACCACGUACCCUGCGGCCACGUACCCUGCGGCCACGUACCCUGCAGCCACGUACCCUGCGGCCGCGUACCCUGCAGCCGCGUACCCGGCGGACUCAUCAACGUCCUACCUCCAACAGUUGGCUGCGUUCAGGACGACAGCGGCCGGCGGCGAGUACGACGUGAACGAAUUGGUGGCGCAGCAGCAGCAGCAGCAGCAGCAGCAGACAUUCCAAGACGAUUAUUCGCUGUUGCAACAGGAACAGCAGCAAGACGCCGCCGUGGCCACGGACAUCCAUCACCACGACGACGUCCACCACCAUCACGUAGUCGACCAGGACGGUGGAACCCGUUACCCGCCGCUGACCACCGACGACACGUUCAAGACCAGCUUGGGCGUACCGAACGUCGACUACACCGGCAAGAAGAAAUGAAGUACAACGCCGUCCGCUGUCGCGAAGAACGUGAUACAAAAGACUGCUGUGGCCACCGCGACGCGUUACAUUUAUUAUUAUUAUAAUUAUUACUAUUUCUGUUAUUAUUAUUAUUGUUGUUGUUGGUCCGUGUACGCAAAUUUACACUAUGGACCCGGCGCGGGACUUGAUCCUGCCCUAUUUUGUUGAAAUAAAUUUGAAAUGUUCGUGUUACGAUUUUUA